AGCGCGAACGAAAAGAGAAAAAUGAAAGACUGAAGAAAGCGACAACGUCACAUUCAUCGAAACGCUUGAGGUAACUCGAGUCACAUACGCAACGAAAAUUUCUUCUUCUCUCUCUUUUUUUUCUCUGUUGUGUGUGCUAAACAUGCACACAUAUACUGCUAUAUUAUUUCAAUUGAAAAGUAUUUUUCAUACGCAUCACAAGCUCAGUGGAAUAAUGUUGGGGUUUUAAGUUGAACAGAAGCAGCAAGAAAAAAAAACACAAAAUUUCCAAUGAAAUUUCUAUCAAGUGACUUUAGAUAUAUCAAUGACAGUGAUUUUUUAAAUUCAUUGCAAUUUGCGUGCUGAGUGGAGAAAAAAAAAGAAAACAAAUAAAAUCAGUUCGCGAUCACAGAUUUUUUGCUGGGAAAAAUUUGCCGUAAUUAUUUCAUUUUGGCGAACUAAAUGUGUUUUAUUGCGAUUACGAGCUACGAUAUAUCCCAUGAACAUCAGAAAGAUGACAAUUUUUAAACGAAAAACCAUUGGUCUUUGGAUCACAUUUUCUCUUCACAUCAUUUUAUUCACAAUUUUUACCGAUGCUAUUGAACGAAAGGUGAUCUGCAAGAAAUCGAAUAAAGAUCCGAAAAUCAAUGAUAUCAAUUACGAAUUCCAUGCGAGUUCACCGAAUGAAAAUUGUGACGAGGAUGUGACGGAUCAUAUAUUUCCGACAUCCACAUUGAGAGGCAGUAUAAAUGACUAUGAGUCGAUACAUGUGAUUGGAACGAGUCUUUUAAAAGAUUUUGAUGGAUUAUCAUCAACGAGACGACCGCGAUCAGAAGACUCGGACGAAAUAGUACCAACAAGCAUAUUAAAAUUCGAUCCACAGCAUCCAACAAACACUGAUGUGGCCGAACAGAGACAGAAUAAUCCGAAUGCGGAUAUUCAAGACAUCAUAACUGGCAUCGUGAAAUUAUUGAAUGGAAAUGUGAAUGUGCAAGCAAAUACGCAAUAUUCGCCACCACCACCAACCCGAAGAUAUGCAACGCGUAUAAAUAAUCGUGGUCCGCCACGUAUUUCCGAACUGCCAAUCAUUCUUCCCGGAAUCGAUGAUAAAUUUAGUAAUAUUCCACAAAAAACGACGCCGUAUCCGAAUGGAAUGAGAAAACCACCAACGGUACCAUAUCCAUUUGACUUGCCACCACCUGAAAAACCACUUCGAAAUGAGCAUCCAAUGUUGCACAAUAAACCGAUGCCAACGAAUCGUCCGCCAUGGCAUGGUUCACGAACCCGACCACCCAUACAAAUUACAAAUACAAAUCGAUUGCAAAUACCCAGUCGCGUAUCACACUUGCCACCACAACCGUCACAAGAUCUCCGACCGCCGACCAUGUCUGUUAAUCCAAUGACUGCAUACAGUACCCGAAUUCCGGAGAUCAAUAAAAUGCCAGAGUUGUUUACAAACGAAAAACCAGCCACAAAUCUGAUGGAACAAAUUGUAACGAAGCCAAGCAAUCAACCGGAACAAAUUCCAAGAGAAACGACAAGAAAACCAGAGAAGAAAACAACCAGAAUCCCAACGACAACUACACCACCAAUCAUCGAGAUUAUGAAAGAAAUGCAGGUAGAGCCUGAGUUGCCAGUGAGCCAUCAAACACCGAUUUCAACACCCAUUUUGGAAAGAUCAACUGAAGCACUAGCGCCAGCACCGGCACCGGCUCCAUUCUCACAUGCAUCACAACCAAAGCCGCAGCCACAACCAACAAUAACCUCAGAAGAAAGCAUGAAAACACCAGAGUUAACUCAACCGUCUAUACUAAAAGCUCCCGAAACUUCGGUAGAAAUCCAAACGACCGAACCAAUCCAGCCUUCGGUUAAGAGUACAAUUUCACCAUCACGAGUGCAAAAACCAAGUUCAUCCAUCGAAUCAACCGAUUUCAAAUCAUUUUAUGCACGACCUGGAAUUGUGCUUGACGAUACCGAUUAUAAGCCUGGCGCACCAGGAACACUGGAACCAUCAACGCAACCAACCUUCCAUCACCACAUCCAUCGAAACACAGGCGUCCAAUCAUCGGCAACACUUUCGAAUAUUUAUGCUGAAAUAUUCGACGUGACACUAUCAGCCAUUCAGGGUCAGCCACAACAUAAUAAAGUCGUCGAUUUGAUUGAAAUUGGAAACACUGAUCCGGGCGCAACGGAUGUGGUAGCAACCAAAUUGUACGGUGCUUAUGGAAAUGAUAUCAUUGUAUCAGCAUCGGAUGAUAAUAGCUUCGUUUCAAUUGAUGGCAAACGAACGUACAUCAAUCUUUUUGGCGAAACGGCCGAAACUGAACAUUUGAAGAAACCAAUGAAAACUCAAAACGAUCAACGAGUUUAUGCAUCGAAAACGGUAACACCAUACGGCGAGAAAACCAAUUCAAUUCCAACGAAUCGAGGAAAACCUAAUCAAGGCCAAACCCAAGCUCAUAAGCCAUUUGUCAAUCACACAACAAGUCCACACACACCAUUCUCCAUGAGAUAUAACUAUCGAACGAAACCACAGCAAAAUGCUGUACGCAUCGAUACAUGCAUCGUUGGUGAUGAUACCACUUGUGACAUUGCACAGAAUGAAGUGUGCAAGACCGACUUUGGCGUUUCAAGUUGCCAUUGCCGACCAGGUUAUUCUCGUCGAAAGUACCGUGAUCCAUGUAGAAGAGUCGUAUCGCUAAUCAUGUCGAUGCGCAUUGACAAAUAUUAUGACAAGCCAAUCGUUUGGGAUAAAGUUUAUGCUGAUUCAAAUAGUGAACAAUUCGAACAUAUGAGCUUUGAAGCUUUACGAGCGGUCGAUUCAGUGAUGUCGAUGACACCAUUUUCGGAUGAUUUCAUAAGCGCACGUGUGCACAAUAUUUAUGCGGGUAAUGCAAGCCAGGGUUCACCUGGUGUGUUUGUCAAUAUGACCAUACAAAUCGAUGGUAAUACGGAAAGUGCUCGAAAUUAUAUCCAAUCGGAUUUGCAAAAGCAAUUGGUUGCUGUAAUUCAUCGUCGCAAUAACAAUAUUGGAAAUUCCGCUUUGUACGUUGACCAGCCGGCCGGUUCAAUAUCGAAUCUUUAUGAUUUUGAUGAAUGUUCAUCGGCCGAAUUGAAUGAUUGUCACGCAAGUGCAAAUUGUUCAAAUAAUUGGGGAUCGUUCUUGUGUAAAUGUGCACCGGGAUUGCGAGAUCCAUGGUCGGAUCAGAUCCAAAGAGCUGGCCGUGAAUGUAUUUCAUGCUCGAACACGUACUGUAAUAAUCGAGGAACUUGUCAAUACGACGAUAGCGGUACGCAAUUGGUGUGCGUUUGUGCAAAUAGUUACUAUGGAAGCCAGUGUGAAAUCGACGGUGAUAUUUUGUUUGUGUCAGUUGGCGCUUCAAUUAUCGCUGUUCUGAUCAUUACACUGACGCUGGUGUGCUUAGUGAUGUGGGGUCGUCGCUGGAAUCAAGAGCAAAAAGAAAUGAUCGGUAGCCCCAUCUUUAAUUAUAUAACACGAGCCAAUUUAGAUACACACAUGAAGACGAUGCAAUCGAAAACAUAUCAAGCAGCACUCGAAGAUCGAAUGCGUUGGGCACAAAUCGCCGAUGUUAUGGCCCAAUCAAAUCAUUAUGCGGUUGAGCCAGUGGCGCCACAACGAGUGCAGCCAGCACCAAUGUACGUGUAUCAAAAUAUGCGACAUCCAAAUACUAGUCUCUCAAUGGCUGGAACACUGCCCGUGCGUAAUCGAGGUUUGAGCGAACUAUCGAUACCAGUUUCAAGAAUGGAUAUUGAUUCAUCGUCGAAGAUGCGAAGACACGAGAAUACAAGCUCAAGUGAAGAAGACGAUUUGGUGGACUUACUAGGCAAUACGUAUCAGAGUCCGACCGGUAUCUAUUAUGACGUGGAUUGUGAAUCAUCCGAUCAACAGCAUGGAACGUCAACAUUGCAAUCAAAUUUAGAAAGCGGUGGACCAUUGUACAGUUUGUCGAAUGCGCCUAGAGUUCCAAUGUCAACAUAUACACCGAAUCCACAUCCUCGCAUGUAUCCACGAAACUAAAUCGCCUCUUCUUUGUCUUCCUAUUAUUAUUAUUUUUUAUACUUUUGGAAAUAGAGCAUCAGUGUGGGCAACGUUAAUGUCUUAAUCUGUUAGGUUCAACACUUCUGAGCGUAUUUAUUUAUUUAUUUUUUUUAUAUUUGUAAAUAUUUCAAAGUAUUUUUUUUGUGUGUGUAAAUCUACGCGGCGCACGUUUAUCCAAUAAGUCUAUCGGCAAAAUAUGAUCGAUCCAUCAAAUGCACUGAUUUAGAAUCUAUUUAUUAUUCGCAUUCAUUUAAUUUUAUAAUUUGUUAUCUAUUUUUGCUGUUGAUUACUAUCACAAUUAACAGCGCCAUAAAAUAAAAACAUAGAAAUUUUUUUUUCCAACGAACAAAACUCAACGAAUAUUGAACUUUAAAAUGAAAGAAAGAUUAUAUUUUCGAAAUUCAUCCUACACAAGUCUAUAGUUAAUUUAAUGUAACAUUAGAAACGUAUGUAAAAAAAAUAAUAACGACUUAAGUAUGAUAAACGAAGGUCAUAAACCGAAA